CCACAACCAGUACUAGUAGUAUGUAUGUAACUUGACACUUUCAUUCUUGGACUUUACAAUCUCGAAACUUUUCUUUAUACCAAAUCAAAUUAUAUCAAAUCAAAACAAGCCAACACAAAUCUUCCAAAGAGCAGCAGCUUAGGUCUACCUCAUUGAAAUCAAUCACCUACAUCUAAAUGAAUCGGCGCCAUAUCUAAAACAUACGAUAAACCUCUAAAUCCUCUCCGCCAUCCACAAUGACAGGAGACGACCCUACCGAAGAGCUACCUCAGCCCUUUGACGCGAAGCGACUUGAACCUGCCAAGAAACGCAGGAACUCGCAGUCGCCGGCCAGAAAUCCCAACAAACGUCGAGAAGAUAAAUCAAACUUACCUGCCAUCGACGAACUACCCCAGCCAUUCGACGCAAAAAAACUCGAACCCGCAAAGAAGCGUCAGCGUUCCAAAUCGCCAUCCUCCGAGGCACCUCGAAGACUCAAACGACCUGGUCGCGGCGCUCGAUUUUCCCAAGCUGAAUCAUCCUCCAUCCGUCAACGUCACGAACAGCGUGAACGCGAGGCCGCUGCUGCCCAAGUUACUCUAGAACAAAGAGGUAUCAACGAUGUUGUACGCCAACACUAUAACUCUGUGCCCGAAAGAGGUAGAGAUUGGCGAAAGACAGACAGCCGCAUUAGAGGUUUGAGGUCAUUCAACAAUUGGGUCAAGAGCACUCUGAUACAGAAAUUCUCUCCCGAUGAAGACCACACCCCAGGUGCGCACGAGCAUGGGCGCGACAUGGCCGGAGCCAGGGAUUACGAGUUACUAGUCCUUGACAUUGGAUGCGGAAAGGGUGGUGACUUGGGCAAAUGGCAGCAGGCGCCACAGAGAGUAGAGUUGUACGUUGGCUUAGAUCCAGCCGAUGUCUCCAUCGAGCAGGCAAGAGAGCGAUACCGUAGCAUGAGCCAUCGCGGCGGUGGCCGAGGCGGUAGAGGCGGCUAUAGGGGUGGUCGCAACCAGCAUCAAUUUGAUGCGCGCUUCUUCGUCAAAGACUGUUACGCAGAAUCCAUUGGCGACAUCGACAUCAUUCGGCAAGUCGGGUUCGACCCUUCGCCCAUGGGAAGAGGCGGGUUUGACAUCGUGAGCAUGAUGUUUUGUAUGCACUACGCCUUCGAGAGCGAAGAAAAAGCACGAAUGAUGCUGCAAAACGUAUCUAGCUCACUGAAGAAGGGCGGCCGCUUCAUUGGCUGCAUCCCCAACUCUGAUGUAAUCGGUGAGAGGGUUGUCAAGUUCAACGAUUGGCUCGCCAACAAAAAGAAGGGGGAGUCGGCCAAACCCGAAAAAAAGGAGGUACCUGCCGAGCCUAAGGAAGAGGGGGAGGAGGACGAAGAAGAAGAAGAAGAGGGAGAGGCUGAAGAAACGGCCGAGUGGGGCAACGAUCUGUAUCGAGUCCGCUUCCCCGGCAAGACCCCAGCAGACGGCAUCUUCCGUCCACCUUUCGGUUGGAAGUACAGCUUCUUUCUUGAUGAGGCGGUUGAAGAAGUGCCAGAAUACGUGGUACCGUGGCCCGCAUUUCGUGCCAUUGCCGAGGACUACAACCUCGAACUACAAUACCACCAGAAGUUUGACGAAAUCUGGGAGGCCGAAAAGGACGACCCCAUACUGGGCCCCCUAAGCGAGCGCAUGGGCGUCCGAGAGAGGGGGCGGGGCCAGCUAUUAGUUACACCAGAGGAGAUGGAGGUCGCAAGCUUCUAUUUGGCCUUCUGCUUCUAUAAGGUAUAGGGGCUAUUUAGUUGUGUAUGGCGAGGGUGGGGUUUGUGUAGCCGGAGUGUGGUUGGCUAAUGUCACAGCCCGGUGUAUUUGCGAAGAGCCCAAGGCGAGCUUUGGGGAGUUACAGCAGGACUUGGUAUGUAGAGCCACGAGGUCCUAUGUGUAAGGAUUCUCUAAGGUUGGUGGGUAGCAUGCCUAUCCAUUAUACAUCGCCCCCAAUCCCAGAUCAGCCAUACAACUACAUACACCAAAGCAGACCUAUGCGAGCGUAUGAGAUAGCAACAUGGCGUGUCGAAAAGGCCUCUGCAGCCUAGCCAAGACGCCGCUUAAGAAUAAUACAGAUAUUCAAGAGUGUUCGUAGAAGGUCAUCACCCAGUCGAAUAUCAUCAAUGCGAUUAGUCAUCGGUCGCUGUAAAUUUUUUGCGUAUAAAAAUGUGCUAGCUGAAGAGUGAAUCAUGGGUAAAGAUGUACGUUGGUGAGAGGCCCAGCUAAUGUUACAAUGGAAGUUAGAUAGAGAGAUAUCUGGGGAGUCUGCACCAACACAAUGAGUCAGCAUGUGCGAUUUUGCAACCGCUUAAGAUGUACCUAGGUAGAAAUGGC